AUGCACUCUAAAUUAUGUUCGCAUAUUUUGCAGAAAACUAUAAAGCAAGAGCAUUUCUUGUGGCAGUUGUUCAAUAUAGAAAGAGAUAUUGAAAAGACAACUGACGAUCUUGAGGAUGAGAAAAAAAGUCGUGAAGGUGUCAUGGAAGAACUAGAAAAAUUUGAAGCUGAAGCUAGUAAAAAGAAGAAAGAACAGGCAAAAUAUCUGAAAGAGAUUGCACAAUGUGAAAAGAGAAUUGGUGAGAAGAGCAACAAACUUGACAGAAAUCAACCUGAUCUUCUGAAGUUGAAAGAGGAAAUGGCUCGUAUUAACUCAAAAAUGAAAAAAGGGAAGAAGGAGCUAGAUAGAAAAAGGGAAGAACGGAGAAAACAUGCUAAUGAUAUAACAGAGCUACAGAAGGGUAUACGAGAUCUCACUGCCAAGUUGGAAGAUCUGCAGGAAAAGAGUCGAGAUGCCAGUGAUGAAUUGAAGUUAGAUGGCAGUGACUUGGAGGAAUAUUUUCGAAUCAAAGAGGAAGCUGGGAUGAAAACUGCAAAGCUCAGGGAGGAGAAAGAACUUCUGGAUAGGCAACAACAUGCAGAUAGCGAAGCUCAAAAAAAUUUGGAUGAAAAUCUUCAACAAUUAAGGAAUAGGGAGUCUGAAUUGAAUUCACAAGAAGAACAGAUGCGAACAAGGCUGAAAAAAAUUCUUGAUAAUUCUACUAAACAUAAGGAUGACCUUGCAAAUUUGAAAAAAGAAUUGCGUGUGAUGCAGGACAGACAUCGAGAUUCUAGGAAGAAAUAUGAAUAUUUGAGGUCUAGAAUUGGUGAAAUAGAAAAUCAACUUCGUGAAUUAAGGGCUGAUCGAUAUGAAAACGAGAGAGAUGCAAAAUUGUCUCAAGCUGUGGAGAGUCUCAAACGUCUGUUUCAGGGAGUCCAUGGCCGCAUGACUGAUCUUUGUAGGCCAACACAGAAGAAGUAUAACCUAGCUGUUACUGUUGCUAUGGGUAAAUUUAUGGAUGCAGUUGUAGUUGAGGAUGAAAAGACUGGGAAGGAAUGCAUCAAGUAUUUGAAAGAUCAGAGGCUUCCUCCACAAACAUUUAUUCCUUUGCAAUCAGUUCGUGUGAAGCCAAUUAUUGAAAGAUUGCGCACAUUAGGUGGCACAGCAAAGCUGGUUUUUGAUGUCAUCCAGUUUGAUCCUGCCUUGGAGAAGGCAAUUCUCUUUGCUGUUGGGAAUACUCUUGUUUGUGAUGAUCUUGAGGAGGCCAAAGUUUUGAGCUGGAGUGGUGAGAGGUUCAAAGUUGUAACUGUGGAAGGAAUUCUGCUGACAAAAUCUGGCACAAUGACUGGAGGCACUAGUGGUGGAAUGGAGGCUAGGUCAAAACAGUGGGAUGACAAAAAGAUCGAAGGCCUGAAGAAAAAGAAGGAGAAUUUUGAAUCUGAGUUGGAAGAGGUAGGAUCCAUAAGAGAUAUGCACCUUAAAGAGUCUGAAGCAUCCGGAAAAAUUAGUGGACUUGAAAAGAAAAUUCAAUAUGCUGAGAUUGAAAAGCGAAGCAUUGAAGACAAACUUUCAAAUUUGAGGCGAGAGAAAGAGAUAAUCAAGGAAGAAAUUGAACGGAUCAGUCCAGAACUUCAGAAGUUAAACGGCACUAUUGAUAAGAGGAAUGCAGAAAUACGUAAGCUGGAGAAGAGGAUCAAUGAAAUUACUGAUCGGAUUUACAAAGAUUUCAGCAAGUCAGUUGGGGUUGCUAACAUUCGUGAGUAUGAAGAAAAUCAACUGAAGUCUGCUCAAAAUGUAGCAGAGGAGAGGCUGAGCUUGAGUAGCCAGCUAUCAAAAUUAAAAUAUCAGUUGGAGUAUGAGCAAAAUCGGGAUAUGACUACACGGAUUAGAGAACUAGAAUCUUCUUUGAGUGCUCUUGAGCAUGAUUUAAAACAAGUACAGCACAAAGAGGCUGAAACAAAGCUGGCAGCUGAGAAAGCUACUGAAGAUAUUAACCAGUUUAAGGAAGAAGUUCAGGAGUGGAAAUUGAAGUCGGAAGAUUGUGAGAAGGAUAUCCAAGAGUGGAAGAAGCGUGCUUCUUCAGCCACAACAAGCAUAUCCAAACUUAAUCGUCAGAUAAACUCAAAGGAGGCACAGAUUGAGCAGUUGAUUGUGCAGAAGCAGGAAAUUGUAGAAAAGUGUGAACUAGAACAGCUUAGCCUGCCAAUUAUAGCAGAUCCAAUGGAUACUGGUACUUCAAUACCAGGUCCAGUUUUUGACUUUGAUCAACUAAGUAGGGCACUGAAGGAUAGGAAGAACUCUGACAGGGACAAAAUUGAGGUUGAAUUUAGGCAAAAAAUGGAUUCCCUUACAUCUGAAAUUGAAAGAACAGCACCGAAUUUGAAGGCAUUAGACCAAUAUGAAGCUUUGCUGGAAAAGGAAAGGGCAGUAACUGAAGAGUUUGAAGCUGUCAGGAAGGAGGAGAAGGAGAAGGCUGAUAGGUUCAAUGCAGUGAAGCAGAAGAGGUAUGAGUUGUUCAUGGAUGCUUUCAACCACAUAUCUGGUAAUAUCGAUAAAAUAUACAAACAACUUACAAAGAGCAACACGCAUCCGCUGGGUGGAACAGCAUACUUAAAUUUAGAAAAUGAAGAUGAUCCAUUUCUACAUGGCAUCAAAUACACUGCUAUGCCCCCAACAAAGCGCUUUCGUGAUAUGGAGCAACUGUCUGGUGGGGAGAAGACUGUUGCUGCACUUGCUUUGCUAUUCUCCAUCCACAGUUACAAGCCCUCACCUUUUUUCAUAUUGGACGAAGUCGAUGCUGCAUUGGACAACUUAAAUGUUGCCAAGGUUGCUGGAUUUAUUCGUUCCAAAUCUUGUGAGGGAGCAAGGGCUAGCCAGGAUGCUGAUGGUGGCAGUGGCUUUCAAAGUAUUGUGAUAUCCUUGAAGGAUACCUUUUAUGACAAAGCUGAAGCAUUGGUUGGGGUUUACCGUGAUUCAGAGAGAAGCUGUUCGAGAACUCUGACAUUUGACCUGACCAAAUACCGCGAGUCCUAAAAUUCAUGGAUAGGCUACAAGGGAUUAUCAGCCUGCUAUAUACAUAGCUGAUAGCUUAGGCCCUAGUUACAUUCUUCUCUUGUAUAUAAUAACCUCGCAUUCUGAUUGAUGUCUCAUCCUCACCCUUCGUCACAAUGAUUUAUGUUGAAGUUGCCAUGUCAGUUUUACUUAUAAUAUUUUGUAAAUAUGACUUUCUCAGAGGAUGCAAAGGAUGCUGUGACAUUAGAAGUUCAAUCAAUGCAAAACGCAAUAGCUAGAUGACCAAUGUGCGCACUUUGCUGUA